AUGACGGCUGAAGAAACAGUGAAUGUUAAAGAAGCUGAAAUAAUUAAACUAAUACUAGAUUUUCUGAACUCAAGGAAACUUCAUAUCAGUAUGCUGGCACUUGAGAAAGAAAGUGGGGUCAUUAAUGGCUUGUUUUCAGAUGACAUGCUUUUUCUAAGGCAAUUGAUUCUUGAUGGUCAGUGGGAUGAGGUUCUUCAAUUUAUUCAGCCUCUGGAAUGUAUGGAAAAAUUCGACAAGAAAAGAUUUCGUUACAUUAUAAUGAAGCAGAAGUUUUUGGAAGCCUUAUGUGUAAACAAUGCGAUGUCAGCGGAAGAUGAGCCUCAGCAUGUAAGAAUUAUCUCUUGGAAGCUGGAAUUUACAAUGCGAGAAGCUGUACAGUGCCUACAUGCAUUGGAAGAAUAUUGUCCCUCUAAGGAAGACUACAGUAAACUGUGCUUGCUACUGACCCUGCCUCGCUUGACCAACCACGCAGAAUUCAAGGACUGGAAUCCCAGCACGGCACGGGUUCACUGCUUUGAAGAAGCCUGCGUCAUGGUGGCAGAGUUUAUUCAUGCUGAUAGGAAACUGAGUGAGGCUGGUUUCAAAGCAAGUAACAAUCGUUUAUUUCAGCUCGUAAUGAAGGGAUUGCUUUAUGAAUGUUGUGUGGAAUUCUGUCAGAGUAAAGCGACAGGAGAAGAAAUCACAGAAAGUGAAGUGUUGCUGGGCAUUGAUCUCCUGUGUGGUAAUGGGUGUGAUGACUUGGACCUUAGCUUAUUAUCAUGGCUGCAGAAUCUGCCAGCAACUGUUUUUUCUUGUGCUUUUGAACAAAAGAUGCUUAAUAUUCAUGUUGAUAAACUCCUUAAGCCUACAAAAGCUGCCUAUGCUGAUCUUUUGACACCUCUUAUCAGCAAACUUUCUCCUUAUCCAUCAUCCCCAAUGAGACGGCCUCAGUCAGCAGAUGCUUACAUGACCCGCUCCUUAAACCCUGCCUUAGAUGGGCUGUCUUGUGGACUAACAAGUCACGAUAAGCGAGUCACAGACCUUGGGACCAAAACUUCUCCAAUGUCACACUCCUUUGCUAAUUUCCACUACCCAGGAGUACAGAAUCUCAGCCGAAGUCUCAUGCUUGAGAAUACAGAGUGUCACAGCAUUUUUGAGGAGUCACCUGAGCGCGAUACUCCCGUGGAGCAACAGCAUCCCAUCGGCAGUGAGACUUCGUGCCAGAGUUCAGUUCCAGAAAAUGAACCACUUAAUGGAGCACAGAGUCAGGGAUCAGCCAAACAAGAGAAAAAUGAGCUUCGUGAUUCAACAGAGCAAUUUCAGGAAUACUACAGACAAAGACUACGUUACCAGCAGCAUUUAGAACAGAAAGAGCAGCAACGACAGUUGUACCAGCAAAUGUUGUUGGAAGGAGGUGUAAAUCAAGAAGAUGGAGCUGACCAGCAACAGAACCUUACUGAACAGUUUCUUAACAGGUCUAUCCAGAAACUAGGAGAAUUAAAUAUAGGUAUGGAAAAUCUUGGAAAUGAUGUACAAACACUUAGCCAGCAAUGUAAUGGGAGCAAAGGGAAUGCAUCUACCCAUCCAGCAACUAACUUUGCAACACCAUCUUCAGAUGGUAGUCCGAGGACAACUGGUAGCCAAAAUGUUAGUACAAGCACUCCUCGGAAGUGUGGCUCAGCUAACCAGAUACCCUUUCCUGAAGAAUCACCUGUGCAGGGGAGUCAAACUGCAUCAGAACAUGCUGCCACUCAGCCGCAUUUGGAAGACUCUUCAGGGAAUUUAACAAGGACAAGAGGAGAUGAGGAUGACAAAUCAAAAAAGCAGUUCAUUUGCAUUAAUACUCUAGAAGACACACAAGCUGUCAGAGCUGUAGCCUUUCAUCCCAGUGGGAGUUUAUAUGCUGUUGGCUCCAACUCUAAAACUUUGAGAGUUUGUGCCUAUCCAGAAGUAAUUGACCCAAGUGCUUAUAACACUCCUAAACAACCUGUAGUGCGCUUCAAAAGGAACAAGCAUCAUAAAGGAUCAAUCUACUGUGUAGCCUGGAGUCCCUGUGGACAGCUGUUAGCUACUGGUUCUAAUGAUAAAUAUGUGAAAGUACUGCCUUUCAAUGCAGAAACCUGCAAUGCAACAGGACCAGAUUUGGAGUUCAGCAUGCACGAUGGAACGAUCAGAGACCUGGCUUUUAUGGAAGGCCCAGAAAGCGGUGGUGCUAUUUUAAUAAGUGCUGGAGCAGGGGACUGUAAUAUUUACACAACAGACUGUCAGCGAGGACAGGGCCUGCACGCUCUGAGUGGCCACACUGGUCAUAUUUUAGCACUUUAUACGUGGAGUGGCUGGAUGAUUGCAUCUGGAUCCCAAGACAAGACUGUAAGAUUCUGGGAUCUGAGAGUGCCAAGCUGUGUUCGUGUCGUGGGAACAACGUUUCAUGGAACAGGCAGUGCCGUAGCCUCAGUAGCUGUUGAUCCCAGUGGCCGUCUCCUGGCGACGGGCCAGGAGGACUCCAGCUGCAUGCUCUAUGACAUUCGUGGGGGCCGGAUGGUGCAGAGCUACCACCCGCACACCAGCGACAUUCGCUCCGUUCGCUUCUCCCCGGGGGCUCACUACCUGCUCACAGGGUCGUAUGACAUGAAAAUAAAGGUGACAGACUUGCAAGGGGACCUCACGAAGCAGCUUCCUCUGAUGGUGGUAGGAGAGCACAAGGACAAAGUUAUUCAGUGCAGGUGGCAUACACAAGAUCUUUCCUUCUUGUCAUCUUCUGCAGACAGAACUGUAACCCUUUGGACCUACAAUGGCUAGAGUGCAAAGGCAACCUAUGCAGCUAAAGCACAGAGACCUGAGACUACAGAACUGUAAAAACCAAGUAAUAAUAAUUAGGCAUUGGGAGAGCAGCAGUUGAGCUGGAGAGUGUCCUACCAAGAGGAGGGGUGCUUGUCACAGAUUUUUCUGGUUUCUAGGAGGUCUUGGUGUUUUUCGUAUAUUCUUUUGCAGUGCUUUCAGUCUUCCAUGUGAACUCAUGCUGCUGUGACCUAUUGUAGUCUUGUUGCCAAAGUCUAUGAGGAGAACUCUUCUGUUGUCAAUGUGCACUCUAACCUGAAUGAUGUGUUUACAGUUUGGUAUUAAUUGCAUUCCUUGGUCUUUGCCUC